UGUCAACUUUCACCCCGGAUUGACGGCAAAGAUCAAUUGAGCUUCUCCACUUUUUUCUUACCAAUAAUACAAUAUUUUAAUUCAAUGUUUUCGUCUGCUCUUAAGAGAAGUCUGGCUACAGCGGCUGUAGGUAGUGUCUUGAUCGCUAACGCUGCACCUGUGCUUGCAGAGGAAAAACGAACCAAACUAAGCAUUUACGAUGAGCCUGAACCAAAAGUUGUCAUUGUUGAAUCGCCUACGAAAUUAGAGGAGCAAGUACACUAUGCCCAAAAAUAUGCCCACCAGACGUUACAGCAAGGAAAGUCACAUGUGGAUACUUGGGUCAAUAAAUACAAAACUGUAGAGAAUGAUUUGAAAACAGAUAUUGAUAACAUCAUUGAUAAAAACGAAGAAAUUAUGCCCAACAUUCUAUAUGUGGGUGUAGCAGCCUUGGCCGGUACAGUUAUUGCACGUAGACGCAACAUUGUUCUUCGAUUCUUAACUUCCACAACAUUGGCUAUUGGCACUUCUUAUUAUUUAUUACCCAAAACUACCUGCAAUGUGGGACACAAACUUCAAAAACUCGAAAAUAGAUAUCCUCAAUUGAAAUCCAUUCAUCAGCAGGUUGACCAUGCUAUUACGGAUGCUCGUAAACAAGCGGAUGAAACAGUUAGGAAGUUACGGGGUACAGUCGAUGAAAAUACCUCUUUUCUCCGCAAAAAAGUUGAGCAAAAUGUAGAUAAAGUAAGAAGCCAAGUCAACCAAACAACUCAAGAAACAAAAGAAAAAGUCGAUGAUAAGUUUGAUGAAGUGAAGAAGAACGUUGAAAGCAUGUAUUCGACCAGAGCAAAGGUAACAACAUAGAAAGAACAUCGCGUUGAAAAUACUUCAUUUAACUAAAACCCAACUAUCUGUCAUAGCCUGCCGUUGAAGAAACUUUG